GGAGACUAGACACAGCUCCAUCGUCUUUUCUCCUUUGUGAGAAAAUUGUCUUUUUUUUUGGAACAAACAAACACAAUCAUUUCUGUUUCAUUUCUCAAACCCUAACCCUAAUCUCCGAUUCUUCUCCUCGCCGCUAAUUUUAGAUAAUAAUAACUGUAGAUCAAACCCUAAUUUUUGUGAUCAUGGCCUCCGCCACUUCUAAUAACCCUAACUCUUCUUCUCCUCACACUUCCGAGACUCAAUCCCCACGCCGUCCUUCACGUCAGGUCUCCUCUCCCUGGACUCAAAUCGUCCGCGGCGGCGAUUCGGACCCCACGAUCGCCGCCGCAACCGCCGCCGCAGCUCAAUCUAAGCCUCCGAUCGAGCCGAUUGCUUCUCCUCUUGCUGGAAACGAGAAAUCUUCUCAUUUGAGGGUUGAGGAGAAAUCGGAGGAAUCUGGUGCUCAAAGCAAUGCUGGAAAGAAGCCAGUUUGGAAAAGGCCUUCUAAUGGUGGUGGUGGUGGAGCUGCUUCUUCUGAGGUUGGACCUGUGAUGGGAGCUUCUUCGUGGCCUGCUCUCUCUGAGGCUGCUAACAACAAGUCUUCCUCUGAUGUGAUAGUAGCGCCACCUGUCAUCGUUUCUCAGGGAAUUGUUAAUGCUUCUGUUCCUUCUGCACCUAAGCAAGUCAGCCGUGGAAACCCUAAUCAAACACCAAACAAUUCUCGCCAGAGAUCAUUUAAACGGAAUAACUCUUCUGGAUCCUCUGCUAAUGGUACUGCUCCUCAGCAAUCAGCACAAGGUUCGCUUGCUGAAUCUCCCUCUCACAACCCUUCUCCUAGAGGGCAGAACCAGAGGAACGGCUUUCCAUCACAAACCCACGGUGCUAGUGGUGGUGGUGGAGGUGAGAAUGUAUCUCAAAGAGACUCGUACAGGAACCAAAAUGGUAACCAUCACCAAACUCACGGCGGUGGUAGGCGUAAUCAUGAGCACGGGAAUCAGAAUUGGGGUUUCAGCAGGAGCUUUAAUGGGAGAGAUGGGAAUGUACAAUCACAAAGAGGAGGUGCUCCAGCUUUUGUAAGACAUCCACCUCCUCCCCCACCUGUGCAGACAAUCCCCCCUCAGUUUAUCGCAGCUCAGCCUUUUGCCACUCCUCUGCCUUUCCCUCCUGAAUUGGCAUCGCAAUAUUAUCAGCGUAUGCCUUUCGUUGCUCCUCCUCUCUCACCUGGACCAGUCUACUUCCAUGUCCAAGACCCUCCUUUGAACAUAAAACUUCAGAAGCAGAUACAUUAUUAUUUUAGUGAAGAGAAUUUGAUUAAAGAUACAUAUCUUCGUGGGAAGAUGGAUGGUCAGGGUUUUGUUCCAAUACCUGUGAUUGCUGCUUUCAAUAAGGUUGCAGAACUUACAGUUAACGUCCAGCAGAUAGCGGAUGCUCUACAAGGUUCACCUGUUGUUGAAGUGCAGGGUGAAAGAAUAAGGAAACGCUAUAAUUGGCAGCAUUGGUUGCUUCCUAAAGGACCGGACACUGCGGUUUCAAGCCCACAAUCUGUUGCUGCAGUAGCAAGCCGAGUUGGAAACUUGGCUCUUGGUGAGAGCUCGGCGGAUCCAAAUGGUGGUUCAAGCGGUCAGGUGCAACCUGCGGAAGCAGAUGGUGCAACCCGUUGA